AUGCCUCCUCCCUCGAACGUCAAAGACAUUGCUCCGCCUGAGCACCUUACCUCCCUUGCUGCCGGUGGCUUCGCCUCAGGUGCUCUGCGCUUUGGGUCCAUCUCUCUACUCUCGCAUUUCCUCCUGCUUCGCCAUCCGGUAUACAGAGGCUUGACGGUCCAAUUUAAGGUAUUUCUGCAGAUCAGUGCAAUGACACUGGGCGGGUGUAUCUUCGCGGAGAAAAGAGUGACAGAGUACAACGACGCUGUGAGACGCAGAAACCGUGCUCUUGAACGGAGUCGACGGGCUUGGAGUGAAGAGCAAGAGAUCAAAGAGAUGGUGGAGAGACGGGAAGCUGCUGGGAAGUAA